CCCACUCACCCACCGUGUGCACGGCACGAUGGAGGACGGCGGUCUAUGGUUGAUCGAGCUCGAAUCAGCCCUACAGGAUGAUUGCACCGUGGACGACAUUUAUGCAAUAUGCCACGGAAAGGCACUCCCCGAAGCGCUACGGCUUGACGUGUGGCAAGUGUGUCUUGGGGUGCGCAACAAAACGGACCAGCUGGCACAGUUCAACGAAAUCUACGACUUACCCUUCCAGGCACAGUUGCGCUCAGAUUGUGAAGAAUUUGUUAGCAAGCUAGGGAACGAGGAUGAGGACAAGGUGUCGGUCGUUUGUGACCUCGAAUCGAUACUUACCUUCUACUGCAAAAACCGCAACCUGGUGUAUGAGGCAAACAAUGGGUGGGUUGAGCUGAUGCUCCCGCUGCUCUCGCUGAAGCUGAUCCGGUCCGACACGUACAACCUGUUUGAAGCGAUACGUGAUACGUACAUUCCAAAGGGCUGCACUAAAAAUGGAACUGUUUUUAACGUGUUCCGGUUGCUGCUGCUUUACCACGAUCCGGAACUGUGCACCAUACUGGACACGAAGCGCAUAACGCCCGAUUGCUAUGCAAUGGGCUGGUUCCAGACACUGUUUGCCUCGACCUGCACGCUUCCGGUCGUACUGUCGAUGUGGGAUCUGUACUUCCAACAAUCAGACCCGUUCCUGGUGUUCUUCCUUAGCCUAAUCGUGCUGAUUAACCAGCGCGAUCAGAUACUGACGAUGAAAGGCUCGUCCAAGGAGGAACUGAUCAGCUUUCUAGUCAACAUGCCCUGCAAUAUCGAGGCGGACGAUGUGCUCGAUUUCUGUUCUCUCGCUCAGUAUUACUCGGUGAAAACGCCUGCCUCUUUCAAGCGUGAUCUGCUGCAGGUGUUGUUUGGGGCGCAGCGAGGCACCAGCGGUAAACCAGAAGGAUCGGUCGUUUCGCAAGCCCUCUGUCUGCCAGUGUCGGUGAACGAACUGAUCGAGAAUGCAUCACUAAUAAAUCCACAUCCAGAAGCGGUGCGCUUCUUUCUGGUCGACUGUCGUCCAGCGGAACAGUACAAUUCGGGCCAUCUUUCGACGGCGUUCCAUCUGGACAGUAAUCUGAUGCUACAGGAACCGGAAGCAUUCCAGACGGCAGUGCAAGGAUUGCUGCGCUCGCAGCGAAAUGCGAUCGACGCCAAUUCCAAUGCGGGUGGGGAGCAUCUGUGUUUUCUGGGGUCUGGUCGGCUCGAGGAGGACCAGUACACGCACAUGGUGGUGGCAUCGUUUCUACAGAAAAAUACCAAAUACGUUUCCCUGCUGACAGGUGGAUAUGAAGCGAUACACGAGUACUUCGGUGAGAGCAUGGUUGACUGUUUGGAGGAUCACGAUCCGCUCAAAUGUUUGCUCUGCAACAAGGAACAGCUGCGGUACGGUGGGCCUAAGGGAAGCGGAAACAACAACAACAACAGCCAGAAAUCACUCCCGAGCGGUGCCAACAGUGCGAGCAGCAGCGCCACAAACAGUCUCAAGCGAGCCACCCAACGUUCCGGUAGCCAUAGCACAGCAAACGGCAACGGUGGUGGUGAUCGCAAAUCAACGAUCGAUCUGUUCAGCAAACUAUCCCUUGCGAUGAAAACCAAAUCGGCCGAAGUGAAGGAAAAGCUGAUCGAUUACAUUUCCAACCCGAACGCAACCGAGCCAGGAACGAGUCGUACCGGAAACGGUGGCGAAAAACACGUUUCACGCAACGAUCGCAAUGGCAAGCGGUACCGGAACGUGCCACCUGUGUUUAGCAUCGGCGAAGAUCACGAAGAUGACGAUGAGCUCAAUUCGGCCGCAAGCGAAUCUUCCUCGGUGGCGCGUGGUUCGAAACCCAACUCCUCCCAGAAGGCCGACCCCGGUGCGGAAGAGAUCGUUUCGAUACAGAGCUUCCUGAAGGGGCCUGAUGUGAUACGAUACUUCAAAUGCCAGGAAGUGCAUCUGAACGGGUACAUGUACGACAGUUAUCUACUGGUAACUGCGACCCACAUGAUCGUACUGCGCGAGCUAGAAACACAGCGCGAUCGGGCACGCAUUAUCGUACGCCGACUGUUGCAGAGUAUCGUGAAGAUAACGGCUAAAAAGCGCCACCGGGAUCUGAUCACGUUCAAGUACGGCUAUCCUGAGGAGGAAAAUCUGGUCAUCACGGAUAUGGAUCGGUUCCUCAUACCAAACGCGAGCGAAGUGACGGAUCUGAUCUCGCGACACAUUAUUAAGCAGACGUGAACGCG